AGUAUCGGCGAACAACGCGCAAUUGCCGUCUCUUUCCAACUACUGCUCGCAAACGGGCGCCCACCCUGUAUACACACAGAGGUUAGCUGUCAAACUGCUGUCAAAUGCCAAGCGCCUUCCUUGUUGUUUAUUGUCCGCGCUGAAGGUGGAGUCCAGAAACAAUCGAAGAGAUCGAUCGUAAAUUGCUUGCCGUUGUGUACUGGUCUGGUCGGCAAAUCUUCAACCCCCUGCCCUGUAUCCCGGUGUAUUCGGAAAGCUCAACUGCGCCCAAGAUGUCGACGAAAUCUUCCAACAGCAUCGAUAGCCGCACGGAGCUGGUCGAGCUCGUAAAGCGGAAGGCAGAAAUUUCGGAUACGCUUGCCAAUCUGGAGCGGCAAAUUUAUGCGUUCGAGGGUUCCUAUCUGGAAGAUACGCAACUGUACGGAAACAUCAUACGCGGCUGGGAUCGCUACCUGACCACAAACAAAACCACCAAUUCGAAGGCGGACAAACGGAACCGGAAGUUUAAGGAAGCGGAGCGACUCUUUUCCAAGUCCUCCAUCACCUCGAUGGCGGCCGUCAGUGGGCUGGUGGAUACGAGUGACACCAAGCACGAGCGUAACUCCGAAUCCGACUCGAUGACGAACGACGACUCGAGCGACAACCAGGCCGGUGGUACACACACGACCGUCAACCAUUCCUCCACCGCCGGCAAUCGCGAACCAUCCACACCGGUCGCGGUGGCAGGCUCGGCCGCGGCGGGAACGGAUGGACCGCUGAAAAAUUCCGUCAGCAAAGCGCUAGCCAACCAGUCGAAGGCCAAUGCCGUAGACAAAUCGUCCUCCGGUUCUGCGGCUGGUUUGCUGAACCGUGCGUCUUCACCCACCGCCAAGGAGUCGAACAAUGCCGCUUCCGGGCUAGCGAAGGAAGCGGCCACGAACAGUAGCAGCACGCCUAGCAGCACCGCCAAACACAAGGCGAGUACUAUCGGUUCAAUGAAGAAGGGCAGCUCGAACAAGAAGGUGCGACAUCGCUAGCGAGAGUCUCGCAAACGGCGAGCGAACCCGUUCGUCCGGAAGUCGUCGUCGUCGUCGUCGGUGCAUAGAUCUUAACAACAUGUAAAUGUGUGUCACUUGAGUGGAUAAGUUUUAGCUAAUAAAAUAUCAACGCUUAGCGGCCCGGGUGAUCUGUGCACUGUGUGUGUGGGGUGUGGUGUGUGGUCACCAGAGUGCGCGUUCAUCAUCGGGUCAAAAUCUUCUGUACUUAAA